GUACCUUACAACGUAUUUUCUCUAAAAUGUCCUGAAUUUUAUUUAUUUAUUUAUUUAUUUUCUGAUUUUUGUUACCCUAUCUAUUUCACUGUCCUUGUGGUUUCUGUUCGAUUCUGAAUGUCAUUUCUUAUGUCCCUUGCCAAUUGUGUUUAUUUUAGGUUGAAAGUUUAAAACUUCCCCCUUUUAUUUUCUUCUAAUUAAAACUACGAUUCAGUACUUGAAAUUAUAAUUUUCACUGUUUCUGGAUCUCUGAAGUGUUGAAUAGUCGAAUUAUUGAACACGGAUGAUAAUUUAUUAAUGAGCAAACUCUGAAAUUUGUCCUAGGCAAGAAUGCAAAAUCCCUAUGCUGAUUCCUGAGAAACUUCAAGUGUCAAUCAUAUUAGUCUUUCUCCGAGACUAAUAUGUUUGAUGCCUAAAGACUACAUUAGUCUUUAGAUUGUAAGAGUUGAUCAUUUUAGUGGCGAAGGACUAUUAUGAUUAGACAUUUGUGGACGAAACCCUCAUUCUAGUCCUUUAGAUUGUAAGAGACGUAUGAGUCCUUACUCCAUAACUUUACAAAAUCCUUUUAUAAUUCUCUAGUUUUGUAAAAUGAAAUUUAUUUUAGUAAUUUCUCACUGCUAUUUUGAACCAAGAAAGACUUAAGUGAAUGACGUUUUUGUAAAGUUGAGUCUAAGAUGAAGAUUCUAUAAAGUCACGAUUUAAGUGACUAACGCUACAAUUUUACGGGCUAAAGUGCAGCAUUACUUGAUAUUUGUGGUUACUUCUAAACUGGAGUCGACUUAUUCCAUUUUGAAGGACUAAGAUUUCUACCCGAAAUUUCAUUGGACAAAUUUGGAGAAUUACACUUUUAUUAAUAUAGGAACCACUUGUAUGUUCUUUUUGCUUUGGAUCCCUGAUUGAAUUUCAGUGCUUCAUCCAUGUUAAAUUUUUAAUUGAUUUUAGGCUGUAUUGAUGCUAUAUCCAUUGUCUCAGCUUCUGACUUUCUUUAUGCUGUGAAUUGUGAUAGUUUGCUCAGCUUCCAUUAAAACUUACACCCGAGAUUGUAGUCUGAUUUCACGGAUGUUAGAUUUGUGGUCACUGUUCCUUUAUUUGCUGUCUAGAAUGUAAAAUCGUUUUGAGUGAUUUCUGUAAUGGCUAAUAACUGUACCUUUUCAGAUUGCUGACAUUUUCAAAGUUAAUCAUUAUGUCUCGAAGAUAUGAUAGCCGUACGACAAUCUUCUCCCCUGAAGGACGACUUUACCAAGUGGAGUAUGCAAUGGAGGCCAUUGGCAAUGCUGGUACUGCAAUAGGGAUCUUGUCAAAAGAUGGGGUAGUUCUGGUUGGUGAGAAAAAGGUCACAUCCAAGCUGCUGCAAACCUCAACUUCAACUGAGAAAAUGUACAAGAUUGAUGAUCAUGUAGCAUGUGCUGUGGCCGGGAUAAUGUCAGAUGCCAACAUCCUAAUCAAUACUGCUAGGGUUCAGGCACAACGUUAUGCAUUUGCUUACCAAGAGCCAAUGCCCGUUGAGCAGUUAGUUCAAUCUCUUUGUGAUACUAAGCAAGGUUACACACAGUUUGGUGGUCUUCGUCCAUUUGGAGUCUCAUUCCUGUUCGCUGGUUGGGACAAAAAUUUUGGCUUUCAACUGUACACAAGUGACCCCAGUGGAAAUUACGGUGGUUGGAAAGCUGCAGCUAUUGGUGCCAACAACCAGGCAGCACAGUCAAUUCUAAAACAGGACUACAAGGAUGAUAUCACAAGGGAGGAGGCUGUUCAACUUGCACUGAAGGUACUGAGUAAAACUAUGGACAGCACAAGUCUUACCUCUGAAAAGCUUGAACUUGCAGAGGUUUUUCUCUCACCCUCUGGAAAAGUCAAGUAUCAAGUUUGCUCGCCCGAAAACUUGACUAAGCUGUUGGUGAAGUUUGGGGUUACCCAGCCGGCAACAGAUACUGCUUAGCUUGUUCUUUCAUGUCAUAUGCACCUUAUUUAUGCCUAUACAAUGCAUUUGGAACGUUCUUCCUUUCAGAAUAGACGCCCGAAAGCGUCCCAAAUUUAUUUCAAAGCUCAAACUUAUAAACUUUUUAUAUCUUGGUAAUGAUGCUGCUUGCUUUGUAGUUUUUUAUUUGAUUUUCAGGACCUGGAUUUUUGUUUGCAUCCGUUUGUUGCUUUUGAUUAUUGCAGAUUUUUCGUUUC